AUGCGUGACCUACGAUGCCCCGUUGUGUUACCCCGGUAUCUGCGAGACACCGGCGAAUGUGAACUCGACGAUCAAGGUUUUCGUCAAGCGGUUGCGUGCAAAGGGGGCAACGUGGACGACGCACCAAAUGUGUGGAUGAUUCCAGAGAUUGAAUGUAGUGAAGUGGAACAUUCGAUGGUGACGCUACACAAAAGCCUCGAAGGAGCAGUCAACGUGUACACGAUGGAUCUCCGCGGCAAUGGACGCGGAACACUGCUCGAUUGUGCAUCAGGUCAAAGCACGACGAGCGUGUCGCAGUCGGAGAGCCCUGAUUAUUUGACGGACAUUCCUGCGUGUGCUCAAAUCCUGCAGGACCAGUAUGGAGACCUCGCUUCGUUCUCGAUCACAAGCGCUGCAACGGACAUUUCACACUUCAUCCACAAGCAUACGAACGGCGCGAGUACAAUUGUGUACGGUGUGAGCGGCGGAACGAUGCAGGUCCAGCGUCUGAUGCAGUUGGAUCCGCCGAGCGUGAACGGAUACGUUUUGGACGGCGCCAUGGCCUAUGCAGUAUCGCCUGCCAAGAAGACUUAUCGGUCAGAUUACGACGCUGAUUUUGCUAGCGUGGGCGAUACUUUCAUGAAGCUGUGCGCGCAAGACCGCGACUGCGCUUCUCACUUUAAAGCCACCAGCUUGUCUGCCACGCUUCACCAUUUGCUCCAGAACUUCGACAGGAAUCCCAACUCGACAUGCGCCUCGUUGGUAUCAAACUCAUCAGAGUAUGGGCCAGCCGUCGUCUUACAGACUACGCGGGUAGUCUCCUGUUGA